GCGCCGCCCGCGCGAGGGGGGCAGCCGCCCCAGACAGGUGAUGGGCGUUUCGGCUGCGCUCCGGAUCGACUCCUUGGGUUUCACUUUGGUCUGAUCUAAGCAAAUAUGCAGAAGUACCGGCUGGUCUAGUCCUAAGAGCCAAGAGGAGCGAGCGAGAGCGGCAGAAGGGAGAGCAGCCACGCUCCCGUAGCGAGGGGAACGUACAAACAGCGGCCGCGCCGUCAUUAAGCCACCGCCGCCCCGGGCAGCCCCGACCCACCCUGGAUGCGGAGGACCCCCGAGCCACCCCGCUGCCUUUCCCCUGAGGGAUGGUACUGAAUUCCUGCGCGGCAGGAGCCGGCCUGCAGCCCCUCUCCAUCAGCGUUGCCUUCCCUCCGUGUCUAAAGUGCACUAGACCGCGAUGAGGACCUGGGCUUGCGUUUUGCUGAUAGGUUUUGGGUACCUGUCCUUUACCUUCUGCGAGGAGGCCGAGAUCCCGCAGGAGCUCAUCGAGCGGCUGGCGCACAGCGAGAUCCACAGCAUCCGCGACUUGCAGCGCCUCCUGGAGAUUGACUCCGUAGGAUAUGAUGAUGUUUCAGAAACAAACUUGAGAUCUUACAGUGUUCAUUCUGCUAAACAUGUGCAAGAGAACCGUCCUGUGCCCAUUCGCAGAAAAAGAAGCAUUGAGGAGGCCAUCCCGGCGGUGUGCAAGACGCGGACGGUGAUCUACGAGAUACCUCGGAGCCAGAUCGACCCCACCUCGGCCAACUUCCUGAUAUGGCCGCCCUGCGUGGAGGUGAAGCGCUGCACCGGCUGCUGCAACACCAGCAGCGUCAAGUGCCAGCCCUCCCGGAUACACCACAGGAGUGUCAAGGUGGCAAAAGUGGAGUAUGUUAGAAAAAAGCCAAAAUUAAAAGAAGUUCUGGUGAGAUUAGAAGAGCAUAUGGAAUGCACCUGUACAUCAUCAAAUACUAAUUCAGAUUAUAGAGAAGAAGAAACUGGCGAGGCCGAGGCAUGGAGAAAAGCCUGUGCAAGGUCAUACAGCAAGGCUGUGGCAGAACCAGGGAGAGGACUCAGAUCUGAGUGCUCAUCCAGUGCCCUAAAUCACACGACCAUCUUCCCUUUCCAAGAAUGAAUCCUUGCACCCUUAGAGCUAAAUACUGAAAAGAUUGAGGGUAAGUCAUUUUGCCUAAUUACUGUGCAUCGGAUACGUGAUCAAAAGCCACUGCCAUAUUGUCAGAGAAUGUAGUGAUUGAUGAAAAUCCAUCUUUCUGCCCAUGCAAUUAUGCAGCCUUUUAUCCUAUCAUGAGCCAGUCAUUUCCUGCUUCUCUUAGGAGUCAGCCUUUCAUGACUUACAGUCAAAAUUAUGCACAUAGAGCAAGACUUAGAUUUUAUGGGAAUUCACAACAAUUCAGUAGACAAUUUUCAUUCUCUUUCAGUUCAGUGUCAUUCCUUCCUUUUAUGGUGUGGGUAACUUUUCCAUGGGGAACUGUUUUUAUCAUGGGCUCAAUCUGAAUUUUUUUUCCCAGGCCCUAACAUGGAAAAACACUUUAAGAGAUGCCUGUGUUUGCUCAUCUUCAAACUGGUGCCUGAGCAUACUCCUAGGUUUGGACAAACAUCUCAUUGACCUCAGGCAAAUGGAGCAGAGUUGAUGCUUUAUUUUUUAAUUAGUGUGUGCCUUCCUGACACAGGAUCCCAGUUGUGGGCUGGGGGUCUUUGUGCUCUCAGAGUGUUGAAGUAUUUCGUAAGCAACCUCAAAGAUGAAGUAACAAAGCUUGUAUAUACAACUAGGAAAACAGCUGGGAUGUGCCACUCCUGCUCCGAUGUAGGUUGCCAUUUUGAAUUACAUAUUUGUUAUUUUUGGGGAAAAUAUUUUCUUAGCAUGGGUGGAUUCAGGACUGCAGUUGCUAAUGCCAGUGAGCCCAUUUCAGAUGAUCUGUUUGGGUACCUCAGAAUAUAGUUUGAAAACUCACAGUUGUGCUGAUAACAGACAAAUUUUGAGAAAUUUUCGAGAGCAAAUUUCAUGUGAAAUCUGGCAACUUUUGGUUUACAAAGAAAAGAAUUAGAAAGGUAGAAUAAACAAGAGCAAAGGCUCGAUCACUCUUUUUUUUUCAGUUGUGGCAUGCCACCUGUCCUUUUAGUCAUUCUAAUUACUUGCUGCAUCAGGCUAAAGUAUGUGCUGAAGUAGCUCAGAAUCACUGCAACAUGUGAAAAGUUAGGACUGGUUCUUGUUGAACUGCUGCCUAUUGCCACAGCAUAUGACUGUGAGGUGGGGCCCACAAUCACAGUUGUAAAUCAAAGAACAAGUCAUAGGUUAGGUUCUGUUUUCCUUAGAUAUUGUCUCUAAGUUUGUUUUCUGUAUGCUGGUCUUGAGUGACGUUUAGUGAGCUUUCCAAUUAGGUGGAAAGUCAUGAGUACCUCUUUCCCAGCCUGAAGGUAAGAAAGUGCUAACUCUUAGUCUAGCUCAUCAUCAGUGGAUGAAAUUCUGGGAGCAUCCUGGUGAUAGAAUUUCCGUCACUUGAAGAUUUAAUCUCACAUUUUUCCAGGGUUACUUCUUCCCGUAGAGAGAAAUCAAAUAAUUUAUAUGUUUGACUUACUAGCAGGCCACCAAAUCUGACUUGGUUUGAGCUUUGAGCAACUCAAGAAUUUCUGUUUGGACUGAUACUUGUGUAUGCCAGAUGUCUCCCAAGUUCUUAGAUAAAAUAUACAAAAAAGGCUCACUUGAGUGCUUCAACAGAAAAGAAGUUCACAUGUGAAGGCUGGAGUAGUCCCUGAAACCAGUAAAUAAGGAGGCCAAGUGUGACAAGUGUUACACACUCAUCUUCAGAUCAGACUUGGUGUUUGGGCCUCUAUGUACUAUCUUUGAUCUUGGUAAUGAAGGAAACUGGGUUUACUGUCCAGCUUUGAAUUCAGAGUAGCUGUUAAAUCAAGUGUGCAAAAAGCAGAAGCGCACAGAGAUGCAGUCGAGCCUACAGGGCUUGAAAUCCCCAGGGAUUUUGAAAACAUCUUAAUUCUUGAAAGCAAUCACAAAUAAGUAGGAGAAAAGCAUUUUAAACACUUCUGAAAAUCCCACCCUGGUUUAUUUGGCAGGUGAAAAAAGGAUCCAGUAGAGAUACUACUUAUAAGGAUCAUUCAGUGACAAAGUAUGUGUUCAUAGAGAAGGCUCAUGCUUAAAUCUUUUAGCAGUUAAUUAUCAUCUUUACAGACCAUAAUACUAGAAUACUUCACUUAUCAAUGCAUCAGGGCUUGGAUGAACUUUGAGACGCAUGAAAACAAGACACUCCUUAGGCCUGUGGUAGCUCUGUGCUCUGGUAACUGAUCAACCAAUUACAUAAUUGGUCAGGUCUCUGCCUUGCAGGAGCAGAUACAACUCCAUUGACUUCUCUGGAGGUUACACUUACCUGAGAACUGACCCGAAACUCUUGCCACGAAACAGAUAAUGGUUUCAUAUUUUGCUGUUUAGUGUUGUUGUAAAAAUAGACUCAUUUCCUGGAGCAGUUAGAACAAGAAAAUAGGGAAAAGCAAUUUCCCACAGAGACUCAUCCACGCUGGAAUUCAGCGAGGACCCCGGAUGUGAACAUGUGCUGAUAGAAAACAUAUAACAGCAACUUUGUUUAGGGAAGCCUCUGACCUGUCAAAAAUGCAGAGCAUUUCUUACCAGACUUUUCCUUGGCAUUUAGUGGGUAGAAUUACUCAUAGAAAUUGUUUUGUUUGCUCACAAGGGGAGAAGUAAGACAUAAAUUCAAGAUAGCCCCUCUGACCACAAGAAAGACUCUGUUCACAGAGGGCCUGUGGGUAAAGUGCUGUGUGGCCUCAGCUCCCUUUGGGGAUGAACUCAAACUUUUAGACCUCAGUGAAGUAUGAAGGACCCCUCCAGACUUGCUGGAUAUCCCUAGCUGGAAUUUUUUCAUCAGUCUAAGAGACUUGGGCAUCCACUUUUAAUUCAUUUUUACGUAACUUUCAUGAAACACUUGUUGGCUUCAGAACAUCUCUGUCUUUGUUCUGAAGAGAGACUAAUUUGACCCAAUGAUGUUAUUGUGACUUCUGCCUUCCAUGUGCAGGCAACAGCACUCAAACCUUGGUUUUCAGACAUUUCAGAUGCGGAGCCCCUUCACUUCAGCCAAGCUUCACCUUUGCUUAGCGCUUUGGCUUUACAUGCAUUUUCUGUGUAAAGGUGGUGCUGGUUUAAUCUGAAAACCAGGGAAGUUUCAAAAGGCCAGAUUUCACCUCUGGGCCCUGCUUAGCUGCUGGUGGAGUCUGUAUGGGGCCAGAGGAGGAGGGAGAGAGGGAGAAGAGAUGCUCCAGCACUUCCAGUGUGGGUGAGGCCUGAGGGCUCACCCCUCAGACAUUUCUUGGCCCAAACUCACCCACUGUAAAGCAUUCUGCUCAGAGGUCUCCUUGGAGCCAGGAAGCUCCUCAGAAACCUGCCCAAGAUCUUAAUUCCCCUUGACUGCAAGGAGUUUCCACAGCAAAAGUGACAGAAACAUUUAUCCCACAUAGAGCGGUUUCUCCAACAGGCCGCACAGGAGUCGGACAGGUUGCUGCUCAGCUUGUGUACUUCACUGAUUGCCCCAAAUACUGCCUUUAAAUCAAAGUUUAGUUGUUCUGGGAUGUGUUUCUUGUAAAAGUGCUUCAGAAGAGCUUGCCUAGCUUGUACCCAUUUGUUGUGAUGAGCCUCUGGUCCAUCCAGAGUGGUUGGGCCAUGCCUGCUUAGCUAAAGGGUUUUGGGACCUUGCAGCUGGGGUUAGGGAGUGCAAAUGUUUCCCAUUAGCUCCCUGCAUACCCUAAGUUGUGAUUCAUCAAGGGAGACAGUGCAGAGCUGAACUUGAGGCCUGUGAAAUGUUUCUUUGAAGUUACUUGUACUUAAAGUUAGGCAUGAUCUGAGUUGGCCUGCUGAGCUGAGGCCUGAAGGAGCACACUGUGCUAACACAGUGCAGUUUAGUCUUUUCCUCUUAAGCAUUGUCCAGAGUGAUGUGAGUUUCAGAAGGGUCUGAAACCUUUCAAUAAACCAUUCCAUAGUAAUGAGGGAGAGCUUUAUUCAGUGGUUUCCUACCAGUAAGCUCAGGUAUGCUGGAGAGCCCAGAGCUAAGCUUGCCCUCUCUGGGCCUUCCCCUUCCUUAGUUUCUUCAGAAUGUUUCUUUUCAAAGGCAAGUGGGAAAAAAAAAUCCUAAAAUGGGACCAAAAAAAGGUGGGGAAUUAAGCAGAUCAUAUCAUCUUGAUUCCUUUAUCUCACUUAAUUAAGGAGAAGUUUGCCAAUGGUGAUCUGGUAUUUCCUAAAACAAGCAUAUAUGAAGAACACUUUGAGGAACUUCAAAAGAAUUUUCAGGCUAGAUCAGGAAAAGAUUAAAACAGAAGUGGAAACUUCUAAUACACUUUAUAUUUCAGUACUUACAGGAAGUACAUUGUUGCAUAGGAUACUAAUGAAUUCUGCAGGAGGAGGUUUCCAAAAGAAAAAUGAAAUGGCACCUUCUCUAUCUUAGAGAAAAGGUCUGAGGGCUUUUGCAGUUAUGACAGAUAUGCAGUGGAUAUGUAUGGUCAUAUCACCUGGAGAGAGUCUAUCUCUGGCAAAAGGCUAUUUGGAGUUUCAAGUGUGUACACUAUUGAAUUUCUGUGGCAACUUCCUGGUCUAGCUGUGAAAAGUGAUAAAGGGAAUGGUAAAAGUCUAUCUUGCUUUCAGUUGCCCUGUUCUACACCCCAGAGGGCAGAAAUGCUGCCCUGUGUGCAGCUGGGUGCAGGAAGCUUGGCAGGAACACGCUGGAGUGGCUAAGGAUGAACACAUAAAGUUGGUGCUGAUGUUCCCAACCAGGUAGUGAAGCCAGAAAAGUGAAAAUAGCAGCAUGGACACUCCAAUACACCAGUGACACUUAUCUGGAAAAAUUAUUACUUGACAGAGUCUUAAUUAACUCAAGUGAAGAAGUAAUUCUAAAAUCCCAAUUUUGGAAUCCCAGAGAGUUAAUUCUCUCAGAAAAGAUGUGAUACAGGAUUGCUUCCAUUUGUAAAGCACACAGAAAUCACAGGUUAACAGUUUUGUACUGUUUGAAGAGUUCUCUGGUGUCAGCAGAGUCCUCUGUGGUGCCUUGAGAGUGGAGGGUUUGUGCCCCAGGCUCAGUUCAAGUGUUUAAGCCCAAGUAUGAACAUAUUUUAGGCAGCAAGGCAUUUCCAUCAGAACUGGAGUACAUGGACAUUUUUUUCUUGUCUUCAGGCAAGACAUUUAAAUAUGGGGUUAGUUGCUCUUUGUAUCUUCAGGGCCCCAGAUCCUUCUUAGCCUAUGGUCACUGGAAGGCUCUCUGACUGAAAAUCCAGAGGCCUUUGCCCUUGUAAAAGUUUCUACUCUUGCUUGGAAGUGAGAUUUGGACUCCUGAGUUACAAAGAUGCUUUAGCAAUUGUUUUAUCUGUCUUUCUGCUUCUUUAUAAAUCAACCUGCUUGGUCUGAACUGAAUGUUUAAAUAAUAAACAGCUAAAAGACUCUCUGAUGGCUUCUUUCUGAGUGUUUCCCUUAGGGAGCCCUUGGGAUCACAUGGCAUCUGCCCUGACCUUAAGAACCUGCUUUCUGGAGGCUUUUUUACAAUGCUAACAAACCUCACAUUUUAACUAGCUGUUAAAUAAGCCAGUCAGUGGUAACUAUUCAGGACGGGGAUUAGGAGAGUAUUCUUGCUGGCAUACAAGAUGGCUCUGUCCAUGUGCUGGCCAGGGAUGAAGGGCUGGAAAACUGUGUGGUGGAAGAGACUAUUAAUGUGAUUUUCCACAACUUUCCUUGCAGCUGCAUUUUUGAGAGGAGAGAGAGAGAGAUGGCUAGGCUUGCAGUAACAUGUUGUGCCGUCAUAAAUGCUACAGCCACCAUCUGUUUCCAGCCCACGACUUGAAAGAAAACUGAGCAGUAAUCUCAUAAUUCACAUGAGUGUUUUACACUUGUGAACCCUUCCCAACCUUUGUCUAAUAAUGAGGGGAGUGCAUGGUGCUAAGUUUUGUAUUUUUCCUGUACGUAUUAGUGUUUAUUUGUAUGUCUUCUCCUGUUUUGUUGUUUUGUGGGGUUAAAAAAAAAAAAAUCACUGGGAGGAAAAUCAGACCAGUUCCACGGUCAAAAGAAACAUAAUAAAGGCAAAAUCCCAAUUCCACUGAUCCUGCUGGCAAAAUUCUCCAGGAGGAGGUGCGUUUAACAUUCCUCAGAGUGUCUGUCUUAGUUACUUGUUGAUGAAAAGGAAGAGAGACAUUAGCCAGGGAAGAGGCAGGUUGCUGAACUGCCCUUUCCCUGCAGAAGCAGAGCUGCUACAAGAGCUGGACAUGUGCAUUUUAAACUGAACCAUCAGGCAGGAUGGUGAUGGAAGGCUGGAUUUUAAUGAAAACAGAUUCUUCUGCUAAUCUUUGCUUGGGGCUGGCCCUGGGCAGGAUUAAGGAUCCCACCUGCUGUGCCAAAGACACGCUCAGGUCGGGGCUGCUGGUGGGUGGGAAGAACACAAACAUCUGAGAGUGACUCUGCUGAGCAAUCCCAGUCUGUCCUGGUGCAGUGCCCUCAGGGAAGCCAAAGAGUUGAGAUGAUUUAGUUGAUGGAAAUACUGCUCCCCUCCAGCCUGCAAAGCUGGAGCAUCAUUAAGGAUUUCUUUCUGGCUGCUCUUCGAAACCAAGGGCUGCUCUGUCUCUGGGCCUCCUCUCACCUUUGGACCCAAUUUGCACACCUCCUCCUACCACAGCUGAAUGAACUCCUGCUCUCCUCUGGCCUUAGGAACAAUGGCUUUCAUCAUCUCUACCAGACUGCAGAGCAGUUCAAGGAUGAAAGGGCUUCUCAUUUCAUAUAUCCCACUGCUGCUAGAGCUAUAAAUCAUCGAUAGACUGAAUUUAUAGCCAACUGCUACUGCAAGCAAGUGAAAUUUAUUUUGUGUUGUCAUAUGUAUGGUCAAAGUGUCCAAGAAGUUGCCAAACAAAGAACUGAGCUGCUGCUGAGCAACCCAUUCAAUCUAUUCUCAUUUUAUUUAAAAAUAAUAAAUAACUGUCAAUCAAAGGAACUUAUUUUGACAUGUGCUACCUGCUGAGUGAUCUGCAGUAUCUCCAGGAUGUGUCUGUAAGUGGAAGAUAGCUGCUAGCUGUUGCCAGGUCCAGCAGACAUGACAUGAAGUUCCAUCAAGAAAAGGUUUGUGGGCUCAGAAGGGUUGGGGACAGGUUAAGGGCCACCUCCUUUUUUAACAUUAAAAAUUUAAAAUUUAAAAUUUUGCUCCCCUGAGAGUGUUUGGUCAGGUAGUCCAGGGGUCACAGUGACUUCUGCUUGAAUCGGUGACAAAUCUCCAUUGACCUGUACAGAGCAGUGGCCCUUCUUCUGUCUCCCAGUUUGCAGACAGGUGGAUUGCUGGUGGCUCUCUGGGGUCUGGAAAUGUGGUCUGUGCCUAUUUUGGUGCCUUGUGAUGGCGAUGAGCUAAAAAUGAGAGAGUAGAAACUCUUCAAGCUGCUGGGGUCUGAAUCACAUAUUUCUGUACGAUUUACUUAGAGAGCCAACAAGCCUAGGAGGUUAUUUUUGUGUUUUACCCAGGCUCAUUAAUUAGCUGGAGGGUGUUGGGAGCUGUCAUAUUGAGCAGCCUUUCCCUGCUCACUCCUGUUGUCCUGCUGGAUUCAAUCCCUGCAGCCUCCCACCCCACUGUCUGUAGUUUCUGGCCACAUCUGGAGUGUCUCCCUGCACACGUGCUGGUAGGAGCCUCCUCCCUGCUGGCACACACGUCAUGGCUUUUGGGGUCUGUGGAGUCACAGUCAUCCUUCCCAACAUUUGUUUUUCCAUGAGGGGGAAAGAGAGAAGGGCUACGGGAAGGGCAGUGGCAGGGAAGGCCUCUGACACAAAAUUCCCAGGAACAGGAUUUGCACAUUUUAUGACCGUUCAGAUGGAAAUGCAAUGGAGCUGAAUUAUUCCUCCUUAAUCCUGCUUUCUCACUUUCCUCCCAGCAGCCUCUUCCCCUGCAGUUUAGGUAAUACAGAAGCUUAUAAACAAAUCCCACCGCGUGAAAAAUAGCAAAAGGGGGGGGAAAAAAAAGGGACCUGGGUUAGGGCUGUGAUGGAUAGACAGGUGGAAGGCAGGCACCAGAAGGGAGGAUGAAUGGUAAAAGCCUUUGAUGGAAACACUAAAGAGCUAUUGAAAAUCCAAGGGGUGGGGGGAGGGAGGAGAAAGAAUAGCAGGAGGAGGGAAAGCAAGGGAGUCGUGCCCCCGUCCCCCCGCCCUCUUUCUCAGGAUGUUGAAAGUAUUUGUCCUUCGUUACAAAAUGAUUGAACUGCCGCCAGGCCAGGCCACCCUUCCAGCCAUUGCACUGGGAAACUGGCACUUCUGAAAGCCUCGUCGCCUCUCAAAUUUUAUAGCUUUCCCUUUUUGUGGGAGUUUUUGUGUUGUGCUGUUUGCAGGAUUGUUUUCAGAUUUGCCGCGUAUCAAAGAGAACUAUGUUUUGUUUUUGUUGCUCUGACAAACACAGAAUCCAGGUAAUGAAAAGAAAAAUUUAAAAAAUAA